AAACACCUACACUGGUAUUGAGGGACCCAGACUUGAUCAAGGUGGUCAUGGUAAAAGACUUCCAGUAUUUCACAGACAGAGGGACAGUGAUUGGCAACCGCACAGAAUACAUUAUGAAGCAUUUAGUAAAUUUAGUCGGGCAAGAAUGGAAAGAUAUGAGGGCGAAACUAACACCAACUUUCACCUCAGGCAAAAUCAAACUCAUGUUUGCCUUGAUGGAGAAAUGUAGUGAACAGUUGCAAGUUCUGCUCAUGGAUGAAAUUAAAACAAGGAAAAAUAGUGGACGUGAAGAAUGUUCUUUCCAAAUUCACAAUGGAUGUUAUUGCCUCUUGUGCCUUUGGAGUGGACACAAACGCUCUAACGAAGGAAGGUGAGACCUUCUUUGGAGUCGUUAAGGGUCCUGCGUUUAAAUCGAUGAAAUUCAAGAUCGUUCGAAUUUUAUCUCUGGCUUUUCCUUCCCUGAUUGAUUUUCUUCGUCUCAACAAGGUUCGACCUGAGUUGAGGGAUUUCUUGACCAACAUGGUUCGCGAUUCUGUGGAGUAUAGACGAAAGAACAAUAUCAAGAGGAAUGAUUUCGUAGAUCUCCUAAUGAAUAUCAAGUACACAAAAGGUAGUUGGGAAGAAAAUGGAGAUGUGAAUUCUAAAUCCGAUGACAAAAUCUCUGGUG